UAUUAAAUGAGUGAAAAUUAAGAAACUAAUAGAGAUAGAGAAAUUAGAGAGUAAAUGAAAAAGUAAUAUUUGGAAGAGGAAACUAAAUUGUAAUAGGGAAUGGAAGAAGAAGAAUCAGCAUUAAGAGAUUACUUUAAAAAUAUUUAAAAACCUCUUCCAAGUGAUCCUACAAUUAUUCGUAAAUAAUAAUACUUUAUAGUAAGGCAGAAAAAGAUAUAAUGAGAAAAUGGCCACAUAUUAGGAGGUCAUUAAAGAUAUUUCACUAAAAGAAAUGGUCAAAACUAUUUGGUAAUACGAAGCAAGUACACCAGAAGAAAAUGAAACAUUAUACGACUGCAAAUAAUUUUUUAAAUGGAGAUGUUAUGAAGGAAUGGGAGCAUGCUUAGCAAUGACAAGUCUUAUUUCUUUUUUUAAUCGUCGAUAUCUAUCUUACACUGCUAAAGGGUUAGGAGUUUUUGUUGGUCUUGGUACUGGUUUUGCAAUGGGUUUUCUGAGAUCUACUUAAUAUACACUUUAAAGACUUGAAGAACUUGGUUAAGAUUAUUAUCUUGGAAGAUUAGCUAUAAAUGAGAUUGAAGACUUCAGAAUGGACAAGGUAAUUAAGAAAAAUAUUUGAGUAUUAUUAUAUUAA